AUGGCUUCAAGUUCAACUGCUAAUGGGAGCCCUUUGGCUAAUCAAUCUGCUGCUGCUGAGAAUUCAGUGAAGAAUAUUGCCCCCAUAGUUGCAUCAACUCAGGGAGAAAGUUCAAAACCAUCAUUGGUCAGGGGAUCUACUUCAGCUUAUAGUGGAGUGAACAAGGCCAAAGACGACCAUCUGUAUACCUCCUAUGCCUAUGUUAAAACGAGAGGUCACUCAGGUAGAUAUGCUGAUGAAGAGGAGGCUGCAAGGGUUCAUGACAUUGUCACUCUAAAAUGCUCCGGAGCAGCAGCAAAAUUGAAUUUCCCGGCAAGUCAUUACCGGGACGUAAUGAGAAUGAUGAGAGACAUGGAUGAUGAGGAGUUGAUCGCUCAUGUUAGAAGGUCUGGAAGCGGAAUUGCAAGGGCAGGCUCCAAAUAUCAUGGAGUCACGAGGUCUAGCAGCCAAUUUGCAAGUGCAGGCUCCAAAUAUCGUGGAGUCACUAGGUACUUUGAAACUGGCAGGUGGUUCGCUUACAAGGCAAGCAAGAAACGUGGACAAUAUAUCAGGACUUUUGGUUCUGAGGAAGAAGCUGCGAUGGCAUAUGACAUUGAGACAAUCAAAAAGAAAGGCUGGAAUGCACAAACAAACUUCAGCCUAGCUCUGUACGAUGUCGCCGGAAUUCGGGCGGGAACCGCAAAUCCACCAAUCACUGAAGAAGCAGCCAAGUACCUUCAGCAGGCAACAAUGUGGAGCUCUUCGGGGGAAGCUCAAGGCCACAGCUCGUCUGGAUACCAUUCCAUGCUGCACCAGGCUCAGAUAUCAUUCGUCAGAUACUCGCAGACUCUGAUGCACAUCUUAUCUGCACAUCCGAAUUUCCAAACUCACAAUGUGGCUGGUUCCAGUGCACAACACAUGUUUUCGCAUUCCAGCUCCAGCCCCUUCAAGCCCUACGUCAAAAACUAA